AAUUACUUGUCUGCCUUCCAUCCCUCCCAAGCUUGUCUUACACGGCAGGCAUACAUAAUCGCACAUCUCACCAGCUGCGAAACUUACUCAUACUCCUACCUCUUGAGAAAUACUCAAGAGGCGUUGCCAUCGCAUUAAUUUCUUCAUAUCUCACGCUUUCGCCUAAUCGCCGUGCUUAAGCUAGAGAGCUCAAAAGCGAAAGAGAAGAGGGAGAGCCUUGUCUCUUUAGUAGUUGCCUUGACUAUAAGAGCUACUCUUUUCCAAGGGAGGCAUCGCUGGAUUAUUAUUCUCAAGAAAAAGUCAAAUGGCUGCCAUGGGCGCUUUUCCGGGGUCAGAGGGCGAGGAGGGCAUGGUUUAUACUGCGGAUGGCGCUUCAACCGCGCCUACUACUCCGGACGAGAGUUCAUCAUCUAGUCCGAUGCUCGCUGCGGAAAUGCCGCCGGAUGUACCACAAUUAGAGACGUCUGCUGAGGAAUUAACGGCGCGACCUAUUCGGAAUAUCUGCUGCGUGGGUGCUGGAUAUGUUGGUGGCCCAACGGCAGCGGUUAUCGCAUAUCAAAACCCAAAGUUACGAGUGACUGUUGUUGACAAGAAUGACAAGCGAAUUAGGAGGUGGAACUCAAAGCAUCUGCCCAUCUAUGAACCAGGUCUGGGCGAUAUUGUUCGCAUCGCCCGUGAUGGAUCUAGGAGAUGUUUCUUCAUCAACGAACCCACCGCCCCGGAUGGCAGUCUCCCUCGUUUGCGUUCUUACCAUGAUUCUAACAAUAUUCGCUACAACAACUGGACACCCGUAGCAGCCAGAGAUCCGAAUUUAUUCUUUUCUACCGAGGUCGCGAAAUGUAUCGAGGAGGCGGAUAUUGUUCUUAUUGCGGUGAACACUCCGACCAAGUCAAAAGGCGCGGGAGCGGGAAGUGCCACUGAUAUGACGGCAUUUGAGGGGGUCACUAGCGAGGUUGCGCGAUACGCUCGACCGGGAGCCAUCAUUGUGGAAAAGUCGACUGUCCCCUGUAGAACAGUUGACCUCGUUCUGAAAACUUUGGCCGUCCACCGACCUGGUGUUCACUUCGAGGUUCUCUCCAAUCCGGAAUUCCUAGCUGCAGGCACGGCAAUGAAGGAUUUAAUGCAUCCUGAUCGCGUGCUUAUCGGAUCUUCUAAGUCGGCUGCUGGCCUUCGCGCUGCGGAGUCUCUAGCGAAUGUCUAUGCGGCAUGGGUUCCUCGAUCUCGCAUCAUUACGACCAACGUUUACUCAUCAGAGCUAUCAAAGCUUGUAGCAAACUCUAUGCUUGCGCAGCGCAUUAGCAGCAUCAAUUCGAUAUCCGCGAUUUGCGAAAAGACGGGCGCAGACGUCGACGAGAUAGCAACAUCUAUUGGAUUCGACCCCCGCAUUGGCGACAAGUUUCUGAAGGCAGGUAUCGGUUUCGGCGGAAGUUGCUUCAAGAAGGACAUCCUUAGCUUGGUGUAUUUGGCCGAGUCGCUCGGUCUACCUGAAGUGGGCGAAUAUUGGCGACAGGUGGUCAAGAUGAACGAGUAUCAACGAGACCGCUUUUCUCGACGAGUUAUCAGCUGCCUUAACAACACACUCGUGGGAAAGAAGAUCACCCUUCUCGGCUACGCAUUCAAGGCCAACACCUCCGACACCAGGGAAUCGCCCGCGCUCGAGAUUAUUAAGACACUUCUCGAGGAGGGUCCUAAGGAGAUUGCGAUAUUCGAUCCCUGCUGCAAUCCAGUAGUAGUCAAGAAUGAGAUUCAAGAAUUACUCAAGGGCCAAUCUGCGCUCCGCGAAGACGGAGGGCCGAUUGAGAUUUAUUCGAGUCCCUACGCGGCUUGUUUAGCUGCUCACGCCAUCCUCAUAACGACCGAGUUUGAAGAAUUCCGAAAUUCCCCAACCCCAACCAAAGCUUCUAGUGCUACUUCUCGAGUUACGUUCCCCUCUGAUCCUCGCCCAUACCAAGAUCAAAAGCCCGCAGCAUCGGAGUCGGAAGUUCUAGCUGUUCAUAAGCACCUAGUCCGUGUUUCUAUUUUGAAGAAGGACGAAAAAAUUAAUGAGGAUCCUCUAAACCGAUAUAGGCUGGAGCCUGCAUGCGAGGACGAUUGUCCCGAUUGCCAUCUCAUCGAGUCCAGCGGAUAUUCCACGGCGGGCAAUUCGAACGAGGAUCGACCAAAGGAGAAAUUAGAUUGGAACUUGAUUGCCUUGCACAUGAAGCAGCCCAAGUGGUUAUUCGAUGGCAAGGGCAUUAUCGAUGUGAAUGAAAUGACGAAGCUAGGCAUUCGCGUAGAGAGCGUUGGGCGUUAAUUAGAGGGCGGUAUACCAGGUACACUUGUUUUUCUCUCUUUCUCGUUUCUUGAGCCAUAUCAACUUUGCGUGUGGCUUCUUUGGAUUAUUUGCCGCAUUGAAAGGGUGUUUGUUUGAAGUUGUACAUGGACUGGAUACCUAGGUAUGGUUCCAUAGACUCUUAGUACCCCCGGUUUUGCUGUUUUGUUUUUCUCUAUCGAGUCCUCUUUUAAUUGGGAGCCAUAGGACUUGGUGCUGAGGGAGCGGUGAUAGUUGUUAGUAUAGUUAUAGUAUUUAGGUAGUGAUAUCAAUUUUCUAAAACAUAAACCACUGACGUCACCAACUUAGGGACGUGAAGUAACUAGCGGCUUCUUUGAAUG